UUUAAUACAGUUCAGCCUGAAAACAUUAAUUGAAACUGGCAACAUUAACUAUAUUUCCUUUUUUUCUUGUCAAGCAACAUGGCGGAUCAGACGGAACGUUCAUUCCAAAAGCAACCAACUGUAUUCUUGAACCGUAAGAAGGGAAUCGGUGUGAAACGCAGCCGCAAACCGUUGAGGUACCACAAAGAUGUGGGCCUAGGUUUCAAAACGCCACGAGAGGCAAUCGAAGGCACGUACAUCGACAAGAAGUGCCCAUUCACCGGUAACGUGUCGAUCCGUGGCCGCAUCCUGACUGGCGUCGUGCAGAAGAUGAAGAUGCAGAGGACGAUCGUGAUCAGACGCGACUACCUUCACUACCUGCCCAAGUAUAACAGAUUCGAGAAACGCCACAGGAAUAUGUCUGUACAUCUGUCGCCUUGCUUCAGAGACGUGGAACUUGGUGACAUCGUGACCAUUGGUGAAUGCCGGCCGCUAUCCAAGACUGUACGAUUCAACGUACUCAAAGUCUCCAAGGGUAAAGGCUCGAAGAAGUCCUUCAAAAAAUUCUAAUAUAAUAAAGUUACUUUAUAAGUAUAAA